AUGUGCGCCGUUGCCAGUCAAAGGGGAAAUGAUCGAGUGGAUCAGGGCCAACUAAAUAGUGCAAAAGGAUCGGCGUUGGAGGACAAGAAAGGUGUCGAGAAAUUCAAAUCGGCGUUGAAGGACAAGAAAGGUGUCAAGAAAUUCACAUCGGCGCUGAAGUAUAAAGAAUUGAAGGAUGAACUCGAUGCGGUAUUAAAGGAUAUGAAUCAAGUGUUUUUUCUCAGAGUGGCUGUCAAAGAUGAUGAACGUGCAAAAUUGUUUCGAGCGGCAUUGGAGGAUACGGAACAUGUGGAGAAUUUCUUAUACGCAUUGAACGAGAAGAAAUUGGCAAAUGUGUUUAGAUCGAUGCUCAAUAAAAAAGAUCAGCUGGAAUGGUUUGAAAAGGCUGUUAGUACUGAAACAGUUGGAGAGUUUACAUGGAAACUGGAUAGAAGAGAUCAAUGGAUGCUAGUAAAUGAGGUGAUAAAGUAUCAAGAAAAGGGAAACCUUAACAUCAAUUAA